CUCGUGUUGACAACUCAGACAAUGGCAGCGAGCAAAGCCUGAGGAACAAGAGCUCACGGAGCAGCACAGAGGACAUCUUCUCCAAUGGAAUCAUGGUUUCAAAGUCAUUCUACAUCACGGAUGAGGAAAGAGGUUCGGUCAUAUCUGCGCCCUACAGAUAGUCCAUGGUGCAACGGCACAAGCUACACCGCCCUAGUAGCCUUUACCAUCAAACUUAAUUUCCCCUUCCAUUACGGCUCCCAUCCUUUGUCGGAUUUCUUGCGGGUUGAUCACAAUACCGGCAUCCGAUGGCCAUUGUACACCCCACCGAUAACAGUCACCUAACUGCUGCGAAACCAAAGGAUUCUUACUGCUGUAUUGCAGCGCCACCGUAUCUCUGGAAAAUACGUGCCUACAACUUGGGAAAAGGUGGUGGGACUGAAGGCAUGAUGAGUCUGGCAGAGUGUACAACCGAUAUCAGUGGACACGCUAGAUACAAAUGGUACAGCUUGUACUCAGCAGGGACGACUGUGUAACCACGACAUGAGCUGUAGUCCCUCCUUACCAGUGAGUUCGACUCGCUAGCUGGUUCAUCAUCGUCAUUUGCACAACAAUCGGCAGGGCCGAAAAACAGAUGGAGAAUGAAACAUCGAAGAAGAAACGCGACCUGGGUACAUUGGUUACCAAAUUCUGUACAUUAUCAUCAUC